GCAAAUUAUUCAUUCCGCAAAAGCCCAUUUCGCUUAUCUGACGCAUCUCUUGUCUUAAUUUCCGCUGCCAGAUAACCUCUUGGCAUUGUAUUUUUUUUUUCUUCUUCACCUUUAAGAAACUCAUUGCUGCCUUUGAGCACGCCGCUUCCCGAGUGCCCAUCCCGACUUCAAAUAUGUACAUUCAUCAUGUUGUAUUUUAUGAACCCCCUCGAGAUCGCAAACAUUUGCUCUGUGACGCACGCAUUGACAAACGUGCGACCACCCAGAGGCGCAGCGUCAAUACAGAGCACAGACGACGCAGACACCAGACAAGGUCCGAUUUUCUUUGAAAGAAGAGCCCCCAAAUUACUCCACCAACCCUCCUUUGAUGUGAAAGCAGCUUCUUGACAAUGUAAAGAGCAAUGCACUCCCCCCCCCCCUCACCUAUACUCUACCUGCACACCCCCACAGAGCUCUGCAAAGGUUUAACAGGUAUCAAACUUUUCUUUGACUCUACCAUCCGUGCAAUAACUAAACGAAAGCUAUCUGACAGUAGUAAAAAAAAAAAAUGGCUGGUGCCCUCUAAAAAAAAAAAAAAAAGCCAUUUAGGAGAAAGAGAGAAGAAUCCUCUUAUUUCGCUAAAGUCGUUCCGCCGCGCCAUGCUAGCCGCAGCGUUUCCACGGUACCUCAUGUUAUCUGGCCGUAUUUUUGUUGGGACUUGUAGUUUGAGGGGUUUGGGCAGCACAAUGAGAUAUUCCGCGCACUCCUGCCGCCGAAACAGGAGGAGGAGUAUGUGCGGCAGAUAAGAGCGACUCCUCGGAGAGGAAAUCAGAAAGAGAAGCCGACGCUGCAAUGUAACUGCCUUGCCUUUAACUCUGUUUUUUUUCUCCCGUGCCAAAUAUGUUUUUUUUUUACACCGCAAAAUAUUCGCACCCACAAGAUUCGAACAUACAACUCGACACGCAUUCCGAUCAGUUCAGCGAAUCCGAUUCUGUUGCUUGGGAAAACGGUAAUCACGGCCGUUCUAUUUUCCGACAGCCAGGAUGCUCAGUGGCACCACACUGCCUCUCACAGGUCAGUGUUGGUACUACAACAAAAGUCUCACGCUCAACGUAGUUCCAGAAUGGGAACAAAACGGGAUGAAAAUGAGAGACGAGCCGACUUCGACUCGUGAACUCGGGCUGGCGUCGGGAGGUGGUCAAAACCCGCGCCCCAAUCGUUCACGCAUCACCGGCGUGCAGUGACGGACGCGCACUUGAGGAAUGACAGCUCAAACAAAGCGAACAGCAUUCCACACAGGCGCGUGUGAAAACACCACAACAAUAGCCGCAGAGUCAGCUCGCUCACACCUGUCCGUCAGAUGGCGUUCUGCCUGGCUGAGCUGCACUUGUGGUCCACCAAGAGCUCCCUCCAAGUCCAAGACACGGAUAUUGGCACGUAUCAGUACCACGAUAAAGCAGAGCCAGCCAAUCACCAGGAGCAUCACUAUUUCAAUGAGAAAAUCUACUUCACCGAAGCUCGAGGCUACUCGUGGACCCCCGCCAAUCGGCGUCCGGAGAAGCUCCGCGAUUCGCUGAAGGAGCUGGAGGAACUGUUACAGACCAACACCUGCGUUCACACCAGAUGGAGGAACACACAAUAUUGCCAGCUUCUACUUAGCAGUGGCAUACUGGUAACCUUGACCCUCAGCGGACCCCAACUCGAGCAAGUGUGCAUCGACCGAGCGUUGGUGGGACGACUGCCAGGCAACACCGUGAGUGAUGCGGUGUUGGGCGACAGGGUGUUUGUGCUGGCCUUCCCGAAGCAGAGCCAAGUAACCGCCAUCUUCCUCGACACGAAAAUCCAGGACUCCGCCCCCAAGGCUGGCAGGGAUGCGGGCAAGCUCUCGCCCGCCACAAUCAAGGUGAUGAGCGUGGAGGUGGCAGGGUGGGCGUGUCGCCUCCGCCAAGGCGUGGCUCUUAAUUGUACGGAGGACACGGCACUGUUGUGGUGGAGGUCCACGAGUCCCGACCGUGAGCUGUGGUCCUGGUCCUCCAAAAAUAUGCACGGGAACGACGUGGUGCUGCUCAGCUGCUUGCCCUCUGAAGGUCUGAAGCUCCUGAGCUCAAUGCAGACAGAAGGUGACCUUCUGCUUUGCACCUUCAGCCAUCUUCAGCCGUACCAGCUGCUGACCGUGGAAGCGCCCGCAGGACCCCAAGCGUCUCGGGAGUCGUCCUGGGCUAAAGCCUGCGUGUACGAGUACGCCAAAGGACGCCUGCACCGCCUGUCCGCCGCCCGCAUCCCGUUGCCCUCCCCCGCCGUCUCCUGUUCCCACCACCCCAGCGAAAACGCCCUCCUCCUCGGCCUCAGCGACUCUUCUCUGGUGCUGUACGACCAGCGUCGGGGGGCUUUCCUGCGGGCCUCCAGCCCCGCGCCGCCGACCCUCUUGGCCUGGCAUCCGGCCGGAGCCCUGGCGGUGGCGGCGGCACCCGAACACGGCGAGUUAAUGUUCUUCGACCUGGGCCUGGCGCCCGUCAAGGUGGCGUUGAUGGCCGAGGAGGUGAAGCCCGCCGCCACGCUGAGCCUAGCCCGACACCUGCGCUGUCCCGGAGCUCUGCGGGGACUGCUGUGGGCCGCCGGUCCUGAAGGAGGCACCGAUGAGGCCAAUACCAUGAUGCUGGUGUUCCACGGGGGACCGCUAGCAGCUUUGAGAUUACAACUGGGGGUCCGGCUGGGCCCGGUGCAGGUCCUGCAGCAGCGUCUGCGCGCCGGUCAGGUGCAGGAGGCCGUGGGCGUCCUGGAGGCCAUGGACUGGAGCAGCGCGGCCCACCAUUGCUGGCGAGGCCUGAGCGCCAUCGCCAACCACCUGCUGAGGCUGCCUCUGGACGCUCGCACUGAGGAGCAACUAGAAGCCGCGUUGGCGACGUUUUGUGCCCCGCCCGCGCCUCUUCCCGAAGACAUCACGGCAGACUACAAGGAGUCAGUCCACAAAUACGCCAGACGCUUCUUCCAUCACCUUCUCAGAUAUGAACGCUUUGAAAAGGCCUUCCUGCUUGCCGUCGAUUUGCAAGCCAAAGAUCUUUUCAUGGACCUCCAUUACGUGGCAGGCGAUAAGGGCGAGCUGGUGCUGGCGGAGGUGGCCAAGAGGAAGGCCCACCAAGUGGCGGAAGCGUGCGACGGCCGGGAAAUAAUCGCUGUGAUUAACCGGAAAGACGCUGAAGCUCGGCCUAGCCUUGGAUCCAAAAUACGGCGUCGGGGAAACCAGGCGGAGGAAGCAAAGAAAGUUGUUGAGCUUCUAAGGCCAAAAAUGCUGCGAGAGAGAGGAACGCGUACAAGGUCAAAGUUCAACCAGACCAUCGCACUCAAACGCUCCCAAAACAACAUUGAAGCAAGGACGAUGAACGAGAGGUUGCGAAGCUGUCUCCCAAAUGAACUUGGGGAAGAAGGUCAAUAUUCAAAGAAGCAUGUCCUACAUGUGAGACAGACAUCUGGAGAGGAGCUCGUCCACCAACAGGAAGAUCCUCUUGACACCCCCAGGCCAACCAGACUCCAAAGCUUCCCUCCCCAGGCUGGGAACAAGUCGCAACAGCGUCCUAAGAGAUGAUUAUAGUAACAAUUCCCAACAUGCAAGUGAAGGAAAAUACGUAUUCUUGUUGGCCAUUUAACCACGAAAUACAUUUUUAGGUAGAUAGAAUAAUGUCAUCAUUUGAUCAGACUAAUCAAUUAUUUUGAGAAAAUGGCAGCACAUCUUUCAGUUUAUCAAUGACUACAUAAUCAUUGAUAUGCCGCCGUUUGCCCAUCUUCUUUCUUUCUUGAGGAUUUGAGUACUUACAGCACGGUGAAAGAGCUUGAGGCCACCAUUAGAAGUGUUGUUCGUGACCAUAUCUAAUUACUCAGCAGUCACUUAGUGAAGCGCAGACCUCCCCCAAGGCUUGACUUAUCAGGCUCCCUCCUCGUUCUUCAGCAGACGGGUGGUACCAUUCUUUACUUGGGGGGGGGGGGGGGGGUGCUUCCAUUGAUACCAUCAAACUGAGGAAAAAAAAACUUCCUUUAUUGGCAACUUUUAUCCAAAUCUCCAUUAAUAUUAUAUUGACAAUCCGUUUUAUUUUUGAUUAUUUGCUGUUUGUAUCGUUUAUCAUUUUCGCAAUGAUUUCUACACAACACAAAGCAAAAUGUCAGACUUUGAUAGUUUGACCAAGAAAGGUCUUACCUUUCGCUGAGGUAAAAAGGACAAGCCUGUCUAGUAGGAAUAGAUCUAUGUGUGUGGAGUAUCAACAGGGUUGGUGUUUCCCGAACACAGAUUUUCUAUUUAGACUUUUUUUUUUUAACAUGUUAUGAUUUGUCAUAAGCGCAGUCAUCAGGGUGGCAACACGAUAGCUUUCAGUGAAUACUGUAAGAUUACCUGACCUCGCCAUGAUGCAAUUAACUAACCUGACAUUGUUAAGUUAAUAUAAAGUAAGAGCAGUAUUCUUUUCAGUGUUUUAUAUAGUUCAUUUAAGAUUUUGUAAAUGAAAAAAACCAAAAACUUAAUGGAAUGUGGUACACCUGCAUUAAAAAUGUUUGUCUUU